AAGCUUGCUGUUACUUGAGUAGACUCACUUAUGGGUGCACUUUAGGUAUCAGAGGUGGAGAACUGGAUGUCUGAUUUGGCGCAAAUUAUGACAUAAACGCGCGCGCACGUGGCUAUUAAUCGCGACUCGCGCCAUCUACCUCGAAGCUAGCUCCUUACUCUUCUACCACCUUUCCAGCACAUCUCGCAAGUCCAGACUAUUGGAACUGUUUUGUCGGAAAUGUGCCUGUUCUGAGUACUAGCAAAAAGACUUGUAUAGCUUCCGGUCUCCUUGCGCUAUGGCUGAGUUCUUCCGAUCCGCUAUCGCAUCCCCGCGAUCGCGGCACUACGAUCCUGUUGCAGACACAUAUCUCGACCUUGCCUAUCUGGACAACAACAUAAUAGUCUGUUCGAUGCCAACCGCAGAGUUUCCGAAGAUUUUGUACCGAAAUUCACUUUCUGAUCUGCGCAAACUGCUCUCGCUGAAGCACGGAUCGCACUGGCAUGUCUGGGAGUUUCGGGCUGAGGGCGCCGGCUAUGACGACUCCGAGUUCUUCAAUCGAGUUUCCCACUUCCCCUUCCCGGAUCAUAACCCCCCUCCGUUUGCUAUGCUUCCAUCCGUCAUUUCCUCGAUCCACAAGUUCCUCUCGCAAAACCCUGAAAACGUCGCGGUCCUGCACUGCAAGGCCGGCAAAGGCCGUUCUGGCACAAUCUUUUGCGCGUACAUGAUUGCGCAGCACCGGUGGACUGCGCAGAAUGCACUCGCUCAUUUCACUGCGCGUCGUAUGCGCUCCGGGUUCGGCGAGGGAGUUUCGAUUCUGUCUCAGCGAAGAUGGAUCUCAUAUGUCGAGACUUGGUCGCGCGAUCCUAACAGGGAGUAUAGAGAGCUUCCGGCUGUUAUUACUGAAGUGCGAAUCCUGAAUCCGGUGAAAGGCAUCGAGGUCCGGAUAUGUGGGUUCAAGGAGCAUGGGAAGAAAAUUGCUACUCUGUACGAAUUUGGCAGCGAUGAUUCGGUUCAGUCUAGAGAGUUAAAAGGCGUCGAUGGCAAUCAUAGAGGGAGAAUUUGGUUUGGGGGAGACGAGGUUGAGGAAGACUCUGCCGCUGAAGCGAAAGACGAGAAUCAAGCAAGAGAUUCAACUUCCUCGGGAGCGGAGUCUCCGGAACAUUCAGAUAUAGAAGAUCAGCGACAUGAUUCAAAGCCAGAGCUUUCCGAAGCAGAUGAUUCAGCAAAACGCAUUCAAAAGACUGAAUCUGGUCGACAACCUGCCGACUUUAUAACUGGUACAGAGGUCAUCCUUCGCCCUCGAGCUGACAUACACGUCACCGCUGACGUCAACAUAUCAGUCGAAAAGAAACUGUAUGGUCCAGCAGGUCUGUCCUUUCUAAGCUCAACCGCUUAUACCUGGUUCAAUCUUUUCUUUGAAGGCGACCACGACACUGGCGGUACCUUCUCCAUCAAAUGGGAAGACAUGGAUGGCUUUAAAGGGACCAAGAAACGCGGCGGGAAGAUUUUUGAUAGAAUCGAGGUCGACUGGGUAAUCUGGCAUCCGAUGGAGUUUAUGUCGGGAGAUACUGCCAGACGCUCGAGUGUUCCAUCUUCCUCUGCCGAGUCCGCCGCUUCAGAGGGUGGCAUCUCGACCUCUGAUAAGCCAGACAUCAUACCAAAAGAUAAUUAACGACCUUACGGGCCAUGAGGUGCUAGGACGAUGGUGUUGUAACUUGCAUAUUCUAUUCCUGGAUGAUCCGGCGUUUUUCUUUAGAUUAUCAUGUGUAGUCAUUGGUUCCAUAGUGAAAAUUAAUUGACGUCUAAAUGAUGUAUCCAUCGCAUAUGAAUUAGGACAGAGCGUGUCGUAGUCACGAGCUCAAAUUAUUAGAUAUAUAAAAUACAAAGCUACGCCUGACUUCCCACGUAUUAUAGAAUACACCAUUCAUCUCCACCCCCAUUUAAUUAGCCUUCGCCAUGUUCACA